AUGAGUGCAACAAAAUCUCAGCCAAGCGCGGCGGACUGGUUGGCGCACAAGGAUUUGAUUCGACAUGAGUACCUCGUCAAAGGCACUAAGCUCAAAGAAUUAGCAAUUAUGCUGAAAUCUGAAGGACUACACGUCUCAAAGGGGCAGCUUGAAUGUAAGCUAAAGAACUGGAACUUUUCCAAGAACAUCGACAAAGAGACAUGGCAAUACAUUGAUCGAAAGAUUCGCAAGCGCAAAGAUGAGGGAAAGGAAAGUGAUGUCAUACGGGAUGGCAAGAGAUUAAAAAAGGUCAAAGUCACGAAAGAGACGAAUCGUCAUCGAGAAUCAAACAUCUUUGCUCGAUUCAAAACACCAGCUCCACCAUCUCCAGCAAGUCUGCAGCUUUGCAUUUGUACUCCGCCAGCCUUGCAUAUGACCUUCGAGUGGCCUUCUUCUUUGCCGUGGCUCCGUAUGCGUGAUACUUGGAAGGAUACGAUUAGCGUUACGGUAUCCAACGACACAAUAAUUCAGCAGAAUGAAGACUCGUGUCACAUUGUUUCGUCAUUGAUGACAAUCCUGGCCCCUUAUGGCAAGGAUGUGGAACCACCGUCUUUAUCCAAGCUGAUAGCAAGUGCCAGUAAUGCAAUGCCGGAAUGGUAUCCUGACGAGCACAUCAGGACCGCUCAAAAUCUACUCACUGGCCCGUUCUCUGAAUUCAGCGCCGAAUACUUCAAGGUUAUGGUGUACAUGGUGUCGAACGCAAUGUCAAUAGAUUGGCCAUCAUCUUUUGUUGCCUAUGUUAUGGGAACGGGAAGGAUGGGGCUCCGAGGUCAUUUAAACAGGCUCCGGAACGAGAGCCCUACCAUUCAAUCAUUUCUGGAGAAAUUAUUCCAAUCCGAGAUUUACAAGGCAACUUCACUAUGUGACAAAAAAGCAGAGCCACGGGGGCUUGAAACGCUCACCUCGCUUUUGGAAUUAGGACUGGAUCCGGACUACCCUUGCUGCAUGACUGACCAUAUCUUGACGAUUCCAUGUACUCCGAUCCAGGAGGCAACCAGAAGCGGCUGUCUAGACGUUAUUCAAUUACUUCUCCGAUUCCAAGCCCGAGUGGAUCGGACACACGUCAGUGUUAAGAGCAAUGCUUUUGUCAACUUGGCCUUAGAUGCUCCGUGUUCUAACUCUCAAAAGUUACGUAUUCUGACCGUACUGUUUGAACAUGAGUUUCUCAACAAGGAUGAAAUGGUGCGUGCGGCUAUCGAACUGCAUGAUGAAGAAGCAAUUCUCAGUAUCCUGGGUUGUGGUAUUGACGUUACAAGUUAUGAGUCUUCAUGGUUACAUAAAGAAGACCGACUUUGGUCACAAUCUAGUGUGAGUUACGUUGCAAGACCGUCAGUUCUCAUGAUGGCAGUCCAGGCUGGUGGGAGAAUUGCGAACUUGAUGUUGGACCACCUUUCACUAAAGGGCCAACCAUCACCUUCAGCCCUAGCAGAUGCCUACAUAGCCGCGGCCUAUGGAGGACAUCAUGACAUCAUGCUGCGACUGGACGCUAUGCAUACUUCCGAAGUGGCUUGUAACAAAGAGGGCAUUACACCUCUACAGGCAGUAGUGGUCGGAGGCGAUCCUACUGCAUGCAAACAUAUUCUUGAAUGCCAAGGAGGCACAACAGCGUCGUUGGUUCUUGUCGCAGCCAUUCUUGGAAACCUGCGAGUAUUGCGAUUGCUUAUGGAAUAUGGAGGCGACCCCAAUGCUCUAUUCUACACCCACGACAUCCAAUUGUAUGAUUACUUCAACAUCGGCCAAUACCACGCUGGAGAUUCGGACAUCUUAAAAUUGAUCGACAACCGCAAAUUUAUUCACCGUUAUGACGGACACCCGACCCCUGUCCUCUCCAUUCUCAUGCAUUCAGUAUCUGAUUAUGUUUUUCUGGAACUCAGUGUCCUGACACUGAUAGAGAACGGAGCCACUAUACCUCGUAGCGAAAUGGGUACGUUUUCAAGGCUUUGCUUUCACGAAUGUCUCAAAGCUGCCCUCGAGGAUGGCGGCAAUCCAAACGAUGUGGAUGAAAAGGGUGAUACGAUGCUCCAGUGUGCUUUGAAUAAUGAUUUUUUCGACGGGAGAGACGACCAAGCUAUGAAACGCCUUCUCACUGUCGAGCUUCUAAUAAAGGCGGGAGCAAAGCUCACUGGUGGGGAAGUUGUGAGAGCCAUCUAUCUUCGAGAAUGGUCCUUGGUCUCAUUUCUUUUACAAAACGGUGGAAACUUGAAUGAUGUUGACGACACGGGACGAGGCUGCCUAGAGGCCGAAAUAGAGGCACAGAAUGACCGAACCCUACAAGACGUUCUUGAAGCACAAGAGCUUCCAAUCGAUGCAGGACCCUUCUGUGCGUCUCUACGAACGGGUGACUGGGCUCUUGUCAGAAGGCUUCUCAAAAGAGCUCAUAAGCCGACAGGCUGUCACCUGGUGGAAGGAACCGCCGUGGGCUUGGCUGCUAGGGCAGGGCAGCUUGAUAUCCUGGACAAACUCCUCGCACGAUUUACCGACCCAUCGGUAUUGAGCUUGGCAAGAAUUCCUGAGUAUAUUUUUGCCAGUGAUGUAUAUUCUGUGACUAAAGGGAAGGGUUGGGUUGCUGGUUUUUGGCGUCGUGCCACUGAUCGGUGCUUUAGCGUGGGCAGUCCUCUUGCCCUGGUCGCUUAUGGAGGGAAUACUUGUGGUUUUGGAGAGCUCCUUCGCCGUGGUUGUAAGAUGGAUACAGUGAGCUGGGCCGUUGUUGCACACAGUACGUGUUCCUCUGAGUAUUUGCAACUGUUGAAAGAAUUUAGUUGCGGACUCGGCAAUGCCACAGAAUACGGCAAGCAAUUCGGAACAGCAUUGUGGAGAGCGAUCAAUCAUAGAAAGUUUGAUCUAGCGCAAUACUUAGUGGAGGUGGGAGCAGAUGUCGAUGAAUACGAUAUCUUUGAAAGUGGAUGCACAUCGCCUUUGCAGUGCGCGAUAAAUUGGGGGCUUAUUGAAGUGGCAACAUACCUGCUUGAGAAAGAAGCAAACAUCAAUGCCCCACCAGCGUUUGAAAAAGGCGCAACUGCUCUUCAAUUCGCUGCCAUACACGGCCAUAUCGGACUUGCAAGACAGCUUAUUGAACUCGGUGCCAGAAUUAAUGCACGAGGGUCAGGCAAAGAUGGCAGAUCAGCUUUAGAGGGGGCGGCUGAGCACGGGAGACUUGACAUGCUGGCACUCUUGGUGCAUCAUGGCGCUGACACAACGGGUCCUGGUCGUCAACAAUUGAUCAAUUCUGUCGCAUUUGCCCAACAGAAUGCACAUAUCACUGCGGCCGAAUGGUUAAAGAAGAACUGUGGUUGGUGUGACGAAGAUCAACGUCAGUUGAAGUUUGUCAACGCCGACGCUGAUUAUCCUGUUGGAGAAUGUAUCAGGGCAUAUUGUUGCGACGAGUACCAUGACAGUGAUACUCAGUGCGUUUAUCACUAUACUGAGGAGCAGAGGCAAGUCCAUUAUGAUGACUGCAAGCGUUGUAAGGACCUCAUAAAUCAUCUGGACGAUAGCAACUUGUCAAGUGAGGACGAGGAGAUGGAUUCAGAGUGGGUGGAUGAUGAUCAAGACACUGCACAAAGCCUGAAUGUUAUGGAACAAUGCAAUUAG